UGGAGCAACAGGGGUUCUCAGUCCAGGGAUAAAGGUAGUGGGAACAGUUCAGGGACCAGAAUUGUUCACUUAGUAUUAAUGUGCAAAGUAUGCUAAAUUCUAUCGGAAUUUAAUGUCCCAACACAUCAAUCUGCCUCUGAUGGUUGGGUAAUUGGUGCUGUUAACUGGAUGGUUCUGGAUCCCUGCUACCAGAUUUUGCUCAGUAGAUCCCUCAGGAGCAACUGUCACAGACCCAAGACUAGAGGGGGCCUCUAAGAUUCAAAGACUGUUGCUUUCCAAUCACUGGAUUUUCCCAGCUGUUUUUCUUGGCAGAAGGAUCACACCCAUAGGGAUGCAGAGGACGGGGAAGCAGAAAUCAGUAAAAUAAAAAUGAACUGGGAAAGAGGCAGAUGUUAAGAAAGACAUGGAGAAAGUGGCUACGAGUGUCCCACACCCCUGAGACAGGCUACCUGAAGAAGCAAUUUUGCAAGUGGAGGCUGGGCUAGGCACAGAAGGAUACUAGCAGGUAACACCUUUUCACUCCAGGUGGAAGAGAACUAGGAAUUAUUACUCUGAGGUAUCUCCUUCUAGGACUUGGCUGAAGUCUAGGAGCUCCAGGGGCAAACGUCCAGGUCUAGGAUCAUGUCUAACAAAAGCUGGUGGGAGCCAUCUGACGGUGAGGACACAGUGUCUGAGAAGUUCCUAAGGAAGACCAGGGAGUCUCCUCUGGUGCCCAUAGGCUUAGGAGGUUUCCUGGUGGUGGCAGCAUAUGGGAUUUACCGGCUGAAGGCUCGAGGUUCUACCAAGAUGUCCAUACACCUGAUUCACACCAGAGUGGCAGCACAAGCCUGUGCUGUGGGUGCGAUCAUGCUGGGUGCUGUAUACACAAUGUACAGAGAUUUCAGCAAGAGGAUGGCACAGGACUCUGGAGAGAAGUAGGAAACCUGAGUGGGCAGAACAGCCCAUACCUUGCAUCAGUCUCUGAUGUACCUAAUAAAGUAGUAUUGUGGAAAGCCAACUGUUUUCUUCACCUGCAGAGAGUAGAGAAAGGGAAUGGUGGUGGUUGUAGGAGAACCCAGUGCAAAGGCGGGAAACCAAAGGGCUCUGACCCCAACUCAGCCAGGGAGACACACAGAAGUGGUAGUCUCCUGAGGAGGUAAGGAGGCCAGGAGGCUUUGGAUCACAGAAUCUCAACAACUCCCAUGCUACUUCAAGACCACAUAUGGAAGCAGCCUGGAGUGGAGUGGAAGAUUGGGGGCAGGGCCUUGAGGCUCACGGGAACACAGAACCAGAGGCAGGCGGCAGGCUUUCCUCCCACCACAGACUGCUUCCCUGGAGACUUAGGCAGGAAGGAGGUUACAGCUGGGAGCACAGGCCGGUGAUGCCUCAU